AUGGUGAUUAGUCUCGUUGCCGUGAACAGCAGUAGUGCCGCAAUUGACCCGAGCAGUGUUGUCGGUCUUUGGCUGUUUGACGAAGCGGACGGAAGCGACGCGCUGGACUCCUCAGGAAACAAUAACCAUGGAACGAUUGUCAAUGCUCCCAUUUGGGUGGAUGGACGAUUCGGCAGUGCCUUAGGGUUUGACGGCACGGGCAACUGUGUCAACACGAACCAAAAACUUCUCAACGGCGCGCGUGAAUUCACAGUCGUUGCGUGGAUAAAACCGGGGACUAUCACCUCGAAUCGCAUCGGAUUGAUAGGGCAGAACGAUUCACCGGAAUUCGGUUUUAUUGACCCCGGUACCGUUUCGCUAUGGACUCCCACAGCCGGUAUUAAUAAUAAUCCAUACGAACACCCACCCGGUGAGUGGCACCACGUCGCCGCUGUCGCCACCCAAAAAUUCACGAAAGUUUACAUCGAUGGCAAUGCAACGACGGUAAACGGGAAUUGGCCGAACCACGGCAGAUCGGAUUUCAACGUGAAUAUCGGGGGAUGUGGCGUUUGGGACGGUACUGGCAAUUGGUUCACAGGGGCAAUGGACGAAGUAGGUCUUUUCCACGCACCUUUGACAGACGACGAUAUUGCUGAUGUUAUGAACAAUGGCUUGACCGCCUUAGGCGUUGCGGUAGAACCUGCGGGGAAAAUUGCAGUAACUUGGGGUAUCCUCAAGCGGAAAGAAUACUAA